ACAUAGGUUACUAAGAUCCAGGUAUGCUCUUGUAAUAUCAAAAUUCAAUGACUGAAAAAUUAAACAAUUCAACAUCAUUAUGGAAACAUACGUAUGUGACCAUAAGAUUUGAGAGCUGGUGUUGAGGUAGUUGGGUCAAACACACAAAAGGUUAUAUCCAAUGAAUUUUGGGUAGACAUACAUGUCAUUACCAAGGUAGUGCAACAAACAGAGGUAAUCCCUCCACCAAACUUAUUAAAAAUGAGUGACAGAAAGGUUCUAACAUAAAUCUAUUCAGGUGGGACUGCAGUUUGCUACUUGUGUUAGUAGAGAGUCAAUGAUGUUUAGCAUUGGCAAUUGAUCCUUCUGUACACAAGUAUUACAAGAUUUAGUAGUGAAAACAAUGAGCAACUCAGUCAUGAAACUGAAAAUUACUAUACUGCCACCAUUCAGUGAUUUUAUGACGGAUGGCAAAACGUGUCCCUGGACCUUGGUAGUUUAACAAUAUGGCGAGCGAUUUGUCAUCACGAAUGCCGAAAAUAUCAGAAGUUGAUUUGUCUGGCUUGAAUGACUGGGAAAAAAAGCGUAUUUCAUCUGUAAUGGAGAAAGCUCAAGAAUUACAAAAGAAAGAUGAAGACAAAGCAUUAAGACAAAAAAUGGAAGGUCAAUUAAGCAAGUGGACAAAUUUAAUGAAAGGCUGGCAGUAUCGAUGGUUUGUCUUGAAUGCUGAGACCGGAUAUCUUGAGUAUUAUGUAGAUAAGGGGAAAAAAGUUCAUGGAACAGAACCACGUGGCUCUGUUCACCUCAUGGGCGCAGUUAUUGCACCAAGUGACGAAGAUUCUGUUACAUUUACUGUAAAUGCCUCAAAUGGUGAUCUUUUUAAAUUACGAGCAUGCGAUGCUCGAGAGCGCCAGCAAUGGAUCAAUAAUAUACGAAUGAUUUCAGAAAAACACUCCGCCAAACUUGUUAAUAAAGUUCAAUUGAGUAAUCAAACUGUUGGUCCUGCUAAUACAACACCACUUUUAACUACGAAACCUGUAAACAAUCUUACCAUCUCUACAUCUGCUUCUGGAGAUAAUUUUGAUGUAAUAUUAAAUAAAAAUCGUCCCAUUGCUGUCUCAUCUGAGGUUCUUGAUUACAUGGAAAUUCUUAACGAGUUGUUAAACACUAGUGAAGCUCAACAAAUGGCUUUUCUUAAUAAGAUAGAGGCCAUGCCAAAUGAUGGCGAAACUGUGAAUCUUCUAAGCAGGGAGAUGCUUUUGAUAAAAGCAACAUCACAGACAACUCUCCACUGCCUUCAUCAAUGUUUUGUCAUUCUACAAAAACAGAUUGACGACGUGCAUGAUGUAGCAAGGCAUUCUGGUAUACCUGAAGACGCUACUAUUCAAUGGUUUGACCCUCCAAAACCAAAAUCUGACCUGUGUAAUGAAUAUGCCAAUGGGGAGGUUUCUAAGGGUGUACCUUUAUUACCCGCAUCCUCUGGCAGCGUUAGCAGUACCAAUAAAAAGACGUUCCCUUGUUCCAAUGAUGACUAUGUUGAUGGCGUGGAUUUCGAAUCUCUUUUGCGAGAUGAAAUCGAGGAUGGAGAUUUAGACGAGCAAGAAUAUUCGCUGGAGAAUGAAAACAUAGAAGAGCAUAAAAGUCUUAUUCUUCAUUUAUUGUCAAAACUCAAAUUAGGCAUGGAUUUAACCAAGGUUUCCUUACCGACUUUUAUAUUGGAACCACGAAGCUUGUUAGAAAUGUUUGCUGAUUGUUAUGGCUAUCCCCAAUUAUUUCUCAAGAUAACUGACGAAACCUCCCCCAGAGAUCGUAUGUUAGCCGCUGUAGAAUACUAUUUGACGUCAUUUUAUGCUGCUAGAAAAGGCAGAUACUCGAAGAAACCUUAUAAUCCUAUACUUGGUGAGGUAUUUCACUGUUGCUGGGAUAUCUCUGCUCCGAAGACAAAUGGACACGUGACUGAGAUGGAGUCAACAGGAGAGUCACGACGUGACUAUAGGUUGCGCUACGUUGCUGAACAAGUAUCCCAUCAUCCACCAGUCUCAGCGUUUUAUGUUGAAUGUCCAGAGAAGAAUAUUUGUAUGAACAGUCAUGUUUGGACGAAAUCGAAAUUCUAUGGGAUGUCUGUUGGAGUCGAGUUGAUCGGCAACGGUGUACUCACAUUGUUAGAUCACGAUGAAGAGUAUUUCUUUACGUUUCCUAACGCAUAUUGCAGAUCAAUCCUCACGCGUCCAUGGUAUGAACUUGGUGGAAAGGUCAGCAUUGCCUGCCCAAAAACUGGUUAUAAUUGUUCCAUUACGUUUCAUACUAAGCCAAUGUAUGGUGGUAUCAAGAACCAUAUCACUGGAGAAGUCAAGCAUCUCCCUAGCGACCGCACCUUGUGCAGAAUCAAUGGACAAUGGACUGAUAGAAUAGAAAUGGAUUUUUCCGAAGAAGUGCGUUUAAUUUCUGAAAAAACGAAAGUCAUAGAACCGUACUUGUUGAAAAAAACGCCUAAGAAACUCCGACCAAUUGUAAAGCAAGAUGAAAACGAAUCUCGAAGACUUUGGAGACACGUUACUGAAGCUGUUCGCUGUGAUGAUAUAAACAUAGCAGCUGAAGAAAAAGAAAAGCUUGAAGAUAAUCAAAGGUUACUAGCUAAGCAACGAGAAGAAUCAGGACAUGUGUGGACAACGACGUUGUUCCAUGAGCACCGUGGAAAAUGGUUAUACAAUCAUCAUCUUUGCUUUAGAAGAGCAGCUUCUCAGCGUGGAGAAAAGAAGAGAUGAGAUGAACAAAAUUGACUGGAUAAUAAAGAACCUGCCGUGGUUGGCAGUCUUAAUAUGAAUCGGCAGUUCAAAUUGUUGGUGAAUUUGUCAAUUUUUGUAACAGUUUUGAUUGACAGCUGUAUUUCCAGUACUUUGUUUGCCUCUUCUCAUCCUCACAUCUCGAAUUGACUAUCGUGAUGUGUGCUGGGUGCUAUGUAGUAUUUAUCCUUGUAAAAUUUAAUAGGUUUUUCAAACCAACAUGUUGAAUACAACCAGUUGUAUGUAUUUUUAAUACCAUGAUUAAAGACUUCUUUCUGAGA